AUGACCAGUGAGCACCAACAGAUCCAGAGAGCUUUGGAGUCUAUCCCUGGUAACUCCACGUCUUUAGACCAGGGCUGGGCCAUUGAACUCACAGGAGAUCCACCCCUCUGCCUACUGGCCUCCCGACGUGCUGGAAUUACAGCUGUGCACCACCACUGUCCCGUUCCAGGAAAUGACAAGGAAGUUGUCUAUGGGACAGGGACGAAAGGUAUAGGCCAGUCCAAGAUGAGGGAAGAGUGGACACUGGGACACACUGGCUCCAGGACAGAGCCAGGCUACCAAAAGAAACCCUGUCUCAAGAUAGAGUGUCAAAGUUGGUGGUACAAUGCUUUUAAGCCCAGCAUUUGGGAGACGAGACUGUGGAUUUCUCUGAGUUCUAGUGAGGCCCCAGGCCAGCCAGAGCUACCAACGGGAGACAUCCUCAAUGACAGCCAUGCUGAGAUCAUAGCCAGAAGGAGUUUCCAGAGGUACCUUCUCCAUCAGCUCCAUUUGGCAGCCGUCCUGAAAGAAGAUAGUAUCUUUGUGCCAGGAACUCAAAGAGGACUGUGGAAGCUCAGACCUGACCUGUCUUUUGUGUUUUUCUCUAGCCACACACCCUGUGGGGAUGCCUCCAUCAUUCCAGCUUUGAGUCUGAAGACAAAACCUUGCUGUCCUUUCAUCAGAAAUUGGGCCGACGACUCAUCUGUAGAAAGGAGUGAGAAUCUAGAAGAUUCCAAAAAUAAAAGGAAUUGUGAGGACCGUGACAGUCCUGUAGCCAAGAAGAUGAAGCUUGGAACUCCUGCCAGGGGCGCUCUCGGCUGUGUGGCUCACCAUGGGAUGCAGGAAAGUAGUAAAAUCAAACCAGAUGUACAUAGCUCUAAUCUCACCAAGGAGGAACUCGACGCUGCCGGUGGAACAGCUCCAGGUAGUUUCAAAGUGGUGGAUGUGUAUAGAACAGGAGCCAAGUGUGUGCCUGGAGAAACUGGAGACUUGAGAGAGCCAGGCGCUGCCUACCACCAGGUGGGGCUGCUCCGAGUGAAGCCAGGCAGGGGCGACAGGACGUGCUCCAUGUCCUGCAGUGACAAAAUGGCAAGGAGCGUCCUCGGAUGUCAGGCAGGGCAACUGCUGAUGCACUUCCUGGAAAAGCCCAUCUAACCUGUCCCGCCGUGGUCCAUUGGGAAGUGCCCGUACAGCCAGGAGGCAAUGAGGAGAGCCUUGACUGGCAGGUGUCAGGACAUCGUGGCUUACCCAGAGGCUUGGAGUUCCUGAACUGAGAUAGAGCAGUCAAGUUUACUGUUUGAACAGAGCCGCUGUGCAGUGCAAGCGCAGAGAGCCGACGGACCAGGCCGGCUCGUUCCUUGUGGGGCAGAUGUGACUGGCCAAAGGUUUCCCAGGGAACAACCAAGAAGAAAUUGGAGCCCUCGGGCCAGAUCCCGAAUCAGCAAGGUGGAACUCUUUAGAUCAUUCCAGAAGCUGCUGAGUAGCAUUGCAGAAGACAAGCGGCCAGACUCUGUCAGGAUGCAGAAGCUGGACAGCUAUCAGGAGUACAAGGAGGCUGCCGCUGCCUACCAAGAAUCCUGGAGUGCGCUCCGGAGGAAACAGCCCUUUGCAUCCUGGAUCAGAAACCCACCUGAAUACCACCAAUUUAAAUGAGCUCUUGCUGCCAUCAGGACCCUUCCUAUUGACCUGCCCCUCUUCAUGCUGCGCAAACCUCUGCUUUUUCGGUGCUUAAGUCAGAGAAGAAAGAAACGCCUUCUCCCAGAGUGCUGCACCUCAGUGUCAGUAAAGAUGGAACCUAUACCUCAUCGAUCUGUACUUGCUUGGAGUAGCUCCUUGGCUAAAAUGGCCUCUCGCCGGGUGGUGAUGGUUCAACCUUUAAUCCCAGCAGGUGGGAGGCAGAGGCAGGAAGAGCGGAUCCCAGUGAGUUUGAGGCCAUUCUGGUCUACAGAGCGAGUUCCAGGACUGGCUCCAAAGCUACAG